CACAAUGUCCUAACAACUCCAACUGCCGCACUUUUAGUGUAAACUUCACCAUCACAUUUUUUUUUGAAAAGAAAUAAAAGAAUUUUGAUUCCUCCUACUAAUAUUUUUGUAAUCCUUGCUCGAUGAAGUAGCCAACCAAGGGAUCAAUGAUGACCCCACUUUAUCCCAAACUCUCCAAUGUGGCACGAUGUGAUUGAGUAACCAGCACAUCCACGAAAACGCAAUCCAAACCUAAUCUAUUCACAAGUAUUCAUUUUUUCGUAGAAGCCAAUAAUAAUAAUAAUUGGAACACAAAAACUACCAUCACCACUAAGAUUCCUCACAUUUCUAUUCAGACCUCUUAGCAUUGCCAACACCGAAAUCACAUACUAGAAUGGCAACAACAACCUUUGCAACCGUCGUAGGAAUGGGUGGUGCAUCACGUCUCACCUCAGGAUUUGGGAAACCACAAGUAACUGCUAGGAAUCCUUUGAGGCAAGCUAUGGCGGUAGGAAAUGGUGGAAGAGUGACAUGCUUCCAGAGGGAUUGGCUACGGAGGGAUUUCAAUGUGAUUGGGUUUGGGUUGAUAGGUUGGUUGGCACCGUCUAGCAUCCCGGCUAUUGACGGUAAAAGUCUGACUGGACUUUUCUUUGAUAGCAUUGGAACUGAACUUGCUCACUUCCCUACACCUCCAGCCCUUACUUCACAGUUUUGGUUAUGGUUGAUCUGUUGGCACUUGGGGCUGUUCAUCUCCCUCACUUUCGGUCAAAUUGGUUUCAAGGGAAGGACUGAGGAGUACUUUGAUUCAUAAUAACUUACGGUCUGUUAUUAAUUGCUUUUCCUUUUAUAUUAUUUUCUGCCUUGUAAUCUACCAUCUGUAACUCUGGUACCUUUUCCAUUGCACUAGAAAAAAUCGGUGUAAUAUCGCUUUCAUAAUGAAUCAAUGUAUAUUAGUAUUAUGGUUGUA